AUGCCAGUAAGAAUAAUUCCAAAAUCUGCUCGUAUUGAUCAUAAGAAGAUUACUCGAGAAGAACUUCGAUCAAUCUGUAGUGCAAAAAAUCCAAUCCGUCCAAAGGUUAGACGUCUCAGUCGAGAUGAUCUUCGAUCACUCUGUCGUAGCACGACGUCUUCUCGAGCUGAAAUUAAACAUGUCAGCCAUGAUGAUGUGAAAUCAAUCGAUAAUAACAAAAGAAUUUCGAUACGAAAAAAUCAAGUUCUACCAAAACCUGAAGAUAAUUCACAAACGAAAAAAGAUGAAUCAUCGAAAAUAAUUGAACAACCUAAAAAACGAUCAUUUUAUCAACGAAAGGGUGGCAUACUUUUCAAAAUAGGCGUAGUGGCUGUCAUUCUACUUUUGAUUGGUGCUGUAAUAUUUCUUCUUAUAAAAACCUUACAAUCCAAUACAUCAUCAUCAUCAAAUGCAAAUACUAACAAUAAUACAACCACAUCAAUAAUAAAUAUCACUACGCCGACAUCUAGUAUAUCUUCAACAACAACAGCAACAUUUUUGUAUCGUUGGAAUGUAACAGGUACAACGGUUGCUGGUACUGGAAGUUCUGUUACUACGGCUGCUGCUGAUCAACUUGAUCAUCCAUUUAGUUUAGCAUUAGAUUCAUCAAAUACACUUUAUAUUGCUGAUCAACAAAAUAAUCGAAUUCAAAAAUGGAUAGUAGGAGCAAUAACUGGAACAACAAUAGCUGGAGAUUCAGGUGGAAUAGCUGGUACAAAUUCUACGGAAUUCUAUCAACCAAGUGGAAUUGCGUUAGAUUCAAGUGGUGGCAUCUAUAUAACAGAUACAAGUAAUAAUCGCGUUCAGUAUUGGUCGAAUGGUGCAGUUUCAGGCACAACGGUUGCUGGUAUUCAAGGUUCUACUGGUUCUGCAAAUAAUCUAUUGAUUGAUCCAUUUGGUAUUGCACUUGAUUCAAGUUCUGGUACUUUAUAUAUAGUCGAUCAGAGUAAUAGUCGUGUUAUGAGUUAUUUAUCAGGUGCAUCUUCAGGAACUGUCGUUGCUGGAGGAAAUGGUCUGGGAACAGGAAGUACACAACUGAAUUAUCCUGUUGGUCUUUAUUUUGAUUCGUCAUCUAACAGUUUAAUUAUUGCUAAUGCAGGUUCAAAUAAUAUUGUUCGUUGGGUAAUAGGUGCAACUAAUUGGAUUCUUGUUGCUGGAAGUAGUACUGGAACUAGUGGAAGUUCAUCAGAACUUCUUAAUUAUCCUGUUGGUGUUACUCUUGAUUCUCUGGGUAAUCUUUAUGUUGCUGAUAGAGAUAAUCAUCGUAUUCAAUUAUUUCUCGCUGGUCAAACCAAUGGCACGACAAUUGUUGGUGUAAGUGGCCAAUCGGGUUCUAAUGAUACGUUUCUAUAUAAGCCUUGUGCAGUAAUACUUGAUUCUCAACGAAAUUUAUAUGUAGCAGAUACGUAUAACAAUCGAGUACAACAAUUUAUUCGUUAUUAA